AUGUCCGGACAGCUCGCAAGCCUCGAUCCCUCCAUGGCGGAUCGUCUCCCCCCUCACUCCCAGGUCCUCUUCGAUGCCAAGGCGUCAGCCGGGCUCACAUUUGAGGAGAUUGCCAAGCAGCUAGGCCGAAGCGAAGUUGCCAUUGCGGGCAUCUUCUACGGUCAGGUCCAGGCCUCGGAAGAGGAUGUCCAGAAGCUAUCUGAGCUCCUCGGAAUCCAGACUGCGAACCUGAAGCAGCUGAACAACUACCCCGACCGCGGCCGCGCCGGGCCCAUGCCGCCUGUCGAGCCGCUCAUCUACCGCCUGUACGAGAUUGUGCAAAACUACGGAUACGCUUACAAGGCUGUCAUGAACGAGAAGUUUGGCGACGGCAUUAUGAGUGCGAUUUGCUUCAACACCAAGGUCGAGAAGGAGAUUGACGAGGCGGGAAGCCCGUGGGUUGUCAUCACCCUCAAGGGCAAAUGGCUUCCCUUCACCCGGUUCUAA